AGCGAUAUUAGUUUCAGGAAAAAAGUGACAAAAUUAGACUGCCUUUUCGAUUAGCUAUUCGCAGUUCCUUUCCUCCGCCACUUUUGUUUUGUCAUUUUUGACUCGCGCGUGUGUCAUUUCGCCCAUCGUCAGCCCCGCCCCCGUGUUACGUCACCGGUGGUCGUGUUGAGAGGGAAGCAAUGGCGUCGCUGGACGAAAACAGCCGCCGCUGCCGGAGAGCCCGUCCGUGUUGUUGUUAUGUGGCGGAUGGAAGAAACCCGCCUUCGUCGCGCCUGUAAACAACGUCGAGUCGAGUCUCGGGACAAGGACAGCCAGGCCAUGGCUGCUCAUUAAGACAAGGAAGACCGGAGCGGGCUGCUGGUGUGAACGCUUGUGAUUGGACAGCAUGGCCGCCCAGGAACCAUCGCCUCCCUCGUCCAUGGAGAGCAACAAGCCGGGCUUCCCUAAGAAGAUCCUGGGCAACAAGCUGGAGGACAAGCACCUGUGCAAGUGCUGCCACAACAUCCUCAGACGACCCUUCCAGGCGCAGUGUGGCCAUCGCUUCUGCUCGUACUGCUUCAACCUGGCCAUCAGUAACGGACCGCAGAAAUGCAAGGCUUGCAUCAAGGAAGAAAUUUUUGAGGAGACCACAUCAAUCCUGAAACAAGGAUGUGCUUUUCCCGACAAUGCGGUUCGGCGAGAAGUGGAAAACCUCACGGCUGUCUGUGUUAAUGAAAGUUGCUCUUGGAGAGGGUCCAUCAAAGAAUAUGAGAUGAGCCACGAGGGCAAGUGCGAGUUCAUGAUCGUGCCGUGCCCUUCCUGCAAAGAGCGCAUUCGCUUCAACGAGCAGGAGCGGCACAGUGAGCGCGAGUGCCCGGAGAGGACGCUCAAUUGCAAGUACUGCAAAGAACCUUUUCACUUCAAGAACAUCAAGGCCCACGAUGAGAUCUGCCCCAAAUACCCGAUGAUCUGCGAGGGCUGUGCCAAAAAGAAGAUACCCAGAGAGAAGUACGUGGACCACAUCAAGUUCUGCAGCAAAUUCAGGAUGCCGUGUCGCUUUCACGUGGUGGGCUGCGACAUGUCGGUGGAGAAGGAGAAGACCCACGACCACGAACGGGCUUUUGCCUACGAACACCUCAACCUGCUGCUGCACUACAUUAUGGGCAUGAAGGUGAGCAUGGAGGGGCUGCAGCCGCAGGGUCUGGAGGUGGCGGGACACAAACUGGUGGAACUGCAGCAGUCCCUCCGAGAACUGGAGGCCCGGGUCUCCCAGCUCAGCACCACCUCCUCCGGGCCUCCCGUGCAGGGAGCCGCCGCCUCCUCGUCCUCCGGCUCGGGCCCGCCGGCACCGGCUCCCCUGCCCCCGCCUCCCACCUUGGCCCCCACCCUGUCCGUGUCUACCUCCUUCACGCCGCUGCCCAGCUCGGUGGGCGCGGCCCUGGAGCUGCAGCUCCACAGCGAGAAGACCAAGGUCGUCGAGCUGGGCCGCCGCUGCACCGAGCUGGAGGUGAAGGCGGGCACCUUUGAGAACGUGGUGUGUGUCUUGAACCGAGAAGUGGAGCGCUUUGCCACCACCAUGGAAGCCAGUAACCGCCAGCACAAGCUGGACCAAGACAAGAUCGAAGCUCUGAGUAACAAGGUGCGGCAGCUGGAGAGGACGGUUGGCCUGAAGGACCUGACGGUAGCAGAGAUGGAAGGUCGGCUUCGGGAAAUGUCCGCUUCGACCUUCGACGGCGUCUUUGUGUGGAGGAUCUCCGAUUUUGCUAAAAAGAGGCAGGACGCCGUCGCCGGUCGCGCUCCCGCCAUGUUCUCGCCAGCCUUCUACACCAGCAAGUACGGCUACAAGAUGUGUCUGCGGAUCUAUCUGAAUGGGGACGGGACGGGGCGCGGCAGCCACUUGUCCUUGUUCUUUGUGGUGAUGCGGGGAUUGAGCGACGCCUUGCUCAAGUGGCCCUUCAACCAGAAGGUGACCCUGAUGCUUCUGGACCAGAGCAACCGGGAGCACAUCAUCGACGCCUUCCGGCCCGACGUCACCUCGUCAUCUUUCCAGCGCCCGGUAAGCGAGAUGAACAUCGCCAGUGGCUGCCCGCUAUUUUGCCCGUUCUCCAAGCUGGAUGCCAAAAACUCCUACAUCCGCGACGACGCCAUCUUCAUCAAGGCCAUCGUGGACCUCACCGGGCUCUAGAGGAGGCGGAGCCACGCAAGGUGCUCACUUUUCAUGACCAGACCACCGGGGUCUUCAUUUAAGCUCCGAGGCAACCCCUCCAGGCUGCCGCUAUACAGCGUCCUUCUGCCGCUUUGGUGGGUUACAAAGGUGUGCCCGGGCGCCGCUUUUAUUGCGGUGAAAAUGUCCGCCACCUGUUUGUUUUGGACGCGGCACGAGUAGGACGACACCCGAUGGGACGCCAAGGACUGAGCGGGAAAGUUGCGCGUCGGCUUCGGGGUUAUCAUCGUGGCUAAUUCGAUGGAGGGGGGGGGGGGGGGUCUUCUGCUUCUUUGUCUUGAGAUUGUCGUUGUCGUGAGCCUUUCUGGUCUCGUGUUGAGUAAAUUUUGCAUAGACGAACGUGGAGUUGUGUGAUCAACAAGGCUUCCCCCUUUUGUCCCCUCGGCGCCAUGUGCAUGCUCGCUGGCGUCCGAUGUCCACUCAAGUUUGAAGAGGACGCCGUGGUUAGUUGUUUAGAUUACAGUGGUUCUCAAACUGCGGUCCUCGGACCCCUGGGGGCGCAUAGCCAGUAACAUACUUGAUUCACCUCUCAGCACCACCAUCAAGAUGGAAUUAUACAAACCAUGAACUAAUUAUUUUAAUCUGUCAAUCAUUUUGUCAAUCAAUUGAUGAAGUGGCAAAAUGGCCGCCCUCUGAGAUAGUAAAAAAAAAUACAGGAUGAAUUUGCUGCUUAAUUCCUAUUCCACAAACGCCAUUGUAAUCGGAAUGCCGUGUUUAGACUAGUGAGGGCGCAUAAAACAUUUUGUCAACAACAUUUUUGGCUUGACGUUCCCUUUAAGUUUGGCAGCCAUUUUCUUCAUAUUAGCACCACGCCUCAACUGCGACCAAUGAGUAUUGAGUUAAACUGAGUGAAUUUGGUUAAAUGCAUCCUUGUAAGGGGUCCGUAGCCCCUCAAAGUUUGAGAACCCUUGAUUUAGAAGCAGGCGUUCCUUUUUAUGUAAAGUUUGUGCUCGUUCCGACUCGGGUGGGGGUGGGCGGUUGUGACCGGGGCUUUGGUACAUCUGUGGAAGAUACAGUGGAGUUAGCGAGGUGUCCGAGGCGCAGGCCUGACAUUGUGUUUUUUCUUGAGUCCCCCCCCACCCCCUUCCUCGCGUUUGCACUCGCCGGCCGGCAUUUCGACAGGUGGCGCUGUUCCCUCCCCUCCCACGCCUGCCCCCCGCUCACCGAGAGAAGGAACGUUGUUUUCUUGUACGUCCGAUACGUGAUGUGUGCGCUGCUAGCCGAGCUGGCGUCCCGAUAUGAUUCUAAUAGUGUGUACUGUUUUGUUGUGUACAGAAAGAGAUGCUCAACAUUGUUGUACAGUGAACCCUGACUAUUCACGAGGGGGGGGGGGGUCAGGACCAAGAACCGUCACAAAUAGCUAAAAUCGGCGAACAAUACUCACCCCCCUUCCCCGCUACUUUUUUCUAACGAUGGUCCUCAACUUACUUCAACAUAGUUCCUCGGCACCAAGAUGGCAGCAUAGCACUACUUUUGUUUAAAUGAAGCAACCCAACGAACAUAAAUCCUCCACACCAGGAUGGCGGCGAAGCACUACUUUUGUCUGAGUGAAGCGCCUCCACUCGCACCAAUAGGCAGGGGUUCACUGUACACUGACUUGGGGGUGCAAAUGUAUCGAAAUUGCUCCCGUUGCGCUGACUUAAUAGCCACUCAAGCUUGCGGGCUUGGCUGAUUUUUGACUCUCUGGAGGGGUCCGCUGGCCUGUUUUCAAACCAGUCUCAACCAGUAUUGAAGCCUCUCUGUGCAUGGGAGACUUUAAUUGGUAGAUCACGUCAAGCGGCUCCACGCCGUUGUGGCCGCGUUUAUUUCUAUUUGUUUGGAGGAGAAUACGGUAGAAUAGCUAUUAUGUUAUAUCCGGCUGUGCCCGUCGCAGCCUAUAGUUGUUAAAGCAAUGUAUAAAUAUGUAUAUUUCAUAUCAUAAAUCUAUAUAUUAAAGCGCUAUAUCCGUGUGGAUGCUCACAAGCUGUUAUAAUAAAAAUAGUAUUACCGAAUACCCUAAUAAUUCUAUAUCUAUAUAUCAGUUUUUUUUUUGUUUGCUAAAGAUGGUUUAAACAGGCCAGAGCUGAUUCCGUUGGCGCAUUGCAAAUUCUUCUCGAGUGCAAUAUGACAUUUUAAGGGUUUACAGGGGUUACGCGUGACUUAUUUAGCGCUAUUUGUUUACACUGCGCCAAGCAACUUUGUACUUUUCCCAUAUAAAUAUGGUUGCGAAGCCAGCGGAAAUGACGCAAAUGACUUUUCAUCUUGUGCUCUGUGUGGGUUUAUUAGAUUCUUAGCUGCAGAAAAACAAGCAUGUAAGUAGUCCCAUUUCCAGUGUGAGAAAAGGAAAUAAUAAGCUUUUGUGUUGUGCCAAACUCAAAAUAUUACCUCCAUGUUGUAUUGCAAGCUGUUUUAUUUGUGUGUUUAUAUGCUUCGACAUGUGUUGCCAAAUUGUUAUUUCAACUUGAGCUGCUGUUUGUGUGUGCGUAUGCGUGUGUAUGGGUCACUACUAGUGCUCGAGGAUAUUUUUUUAAAAAAGUGCCCACUAACAAAAUGUCCACAUAUUUACUCCCAUGUAAUCUGAAUGUAAACCCUUUACACCAUUGAAAGAAAACACUCGUGUGCGUGUUAAAUGUGAUGCAGUUGACUGGAAACAAUUAUUUGUGCACUUUGCCAUUAAUUCCAUGUUCAAACAGGGUCUUUUUAUCGGUGUACCUUGAAGUGAAGAGCCAUACAAAUAUUCCGCUGUUGACAUUUGAUGUGUUUUAACGCUCAAAAGAAACUCGCAGUCUGUAAUAAAGUUUGGUGAUUUGACCACG